AAAAAAUAAAUAACUAAUAUUUAUUUGACAAUUUCGAAAGUGUUGUAACAAGGUUGUAAUUGCAUGUGUAAUUUGAAAAUUUAUCCAAAAAAUAACUCAAAAUGAAAAUAAUUAAACCAGAAUUUCAAGCUGUAAUUAUGGCUGGUGGGAAAGGGUCACGUAUGCCUGAAGUAUCCUCAAGCCGUCCGAAAUGCUUAUUACCUAUAGGCAAUAAACCAUUAAUUUGGUAUCCUCUACAAAUGUUGGAAAAAGCUGGAUUCUUAGAUGUAAUUGUGGUGGUGUUGGAAACCCAGAAAGUGGAAAUUCAAAAAGUUGUCGAUAAAACCGACUUAAAAAUCAAAAUUGACUAUGUAACAAUUCCAUCGACGGAAGAUUUAGGUACAGCCGACUCUUUACGAUUAAUUAGCGAUAAAAUAGUGAGCGAUAUAAUUGUAGUAUCCUGUGAUUUCAUUACCGAUUUAAAUUUAAAUCCUGUACUUGAUCUAUUUCGACGUCAUGAUGCUUCCGUUGUCAGUUUAUUGUUUGAAGAUAAACAAGAACCAGUGCCUUUACCCGGCCCCAAAACAAAGAAUAAACCAGAGCGCGAUUUGAUUGGAAUUGAUUUAAACACAAAUCGUUUAGUAUUUCAAGCAAGUUCAAGUGAUUUCGACGAAUUUGUAUCAUUCUCCAAGAAAUUAAUACGUAAACAUCCGAACAUCACGAUAUUUAGUCGACUAUUAGAUUCUCAUUUUUAUAUUAUCAAACACUGGGUACUAAAUUAUAUUAGCCACGAAAAAUCAUUUUCCACCAUCAAAGGAGAAUUACUACCUCACAUUGUAAAAAAACAAUUAUCAAAAAAACCAAAAUUACCUGACGCUGCUGAUAAGAAUCAAUCAAUAGUAAAUGCUGAAGUACGUAAUGAUGUAUAUCAAUUCAUUCAAGAAGAUGAGCUAGAUGAAAAAGUACGCAAUACAAGCUCUUACAAUGACCACAGUGGUGACUUAAAACCAACAUACCAUGGAGAUAUUAUUAAAUGUUAUUCGCACAUUGUGAAUAAUAAUUUUGGGAUUCGUGUGAAUACAUUACAAUCUUAUUGUUUAGCAAAUGCAAAAAUUUUGGAAAAAUGGAAUGUAAUUACAUCAACAAAUAUCACAGAUUUAGUUCGCAUUCAUUCUAAUGCUGAAAUUCAUUCGAAUCAAGUCGAUGAACAAUGUUUGGUUGGUGAAGGAACUGUUAUUGCAGAGAAAACUUCAAUUCGUAAUUCAUUUAUUGGUGCUAAUUGCGUGGUAAAUAGUAAAGUUAGAGUAUUUAAUUGUAUUCUGAUGAACAAUGUACGAAUAUUAGGAAUUGCAUUUCUUCAAAAUUGUAUUAUUUGUGAUGGAGUAACAAUAGAAUCACAAGUUGAAUUGAAAGAUUGUUUAGUUGGAAAUAACCAUACAAUACCUGAAGGAUCAAACCAUAGUAAUGAAAUUUUGACUGCCGAUGAUAAAUUAAUGGAAAUUUAA